GAAUCUAAUAAUGUUUGACUUUCAUCAAUUGGCAAAAAAUAAAGAGAGGAAAACACGCAGGCAAUUAGUUAAGGAUGCUGUUGUCUUUAAAAUGACCAAUGCUGUUUGCGAAUCCUACAACAAAUCCUGGAUAGAAUUUGGGGUUUGUCGACUGCGCGCCGUGAGUCGGAACAAAGUCUGCCUAAAUGUCGAUGCCAAUUUGCUUCAACCGAUUCACGAUGUUACAGUGAAGGCCCAACUAAUGAAAAAGGCCAAUGGCUAUAAGCCCUGGCUCUAUAGUGUCAGUUUCGAUGGCUGCCAGUUUAUAAGGCGCAGAAAUAAUGCCUUAAUUCGCAUCGUUUGGGACCUUUUUAAAGAGUACUCCACCAUCAAUCACUCCUGUCCCUAUGUGGGUCUGCAACAAGUUAAGAACUUUUAUCUGAGAUCCGAGAAGCUGCCCACACCCAUACCCACUGGAGAAUAUCUGUUGAUGAUUGACUGGGUGGUCAACAAGAAGCCACAAGCAGCCACAAAUGUGUACUUUACCUUCGUGGAGGAUCUGAAAGAUAUUUGAAAACCUUGUCUUUCAUCUAAAACCAAAAAUAAAAGUCUAUAAUAUUUUAUCCGAAAGCUGUAGAAAU